AUGCUGACCAUCCCAGAACGCCACUACUCAUAUGAGUGUAAAGCCACUGCCCAAGAGCGUCCCUACGUGUCGCGUCCAUCGCGAUCUCAGCAGUUCCGAAAUCCCAAACUGGUGCCCAAGCUCACAAAUGAGACAUUGAACCCUCUUGAGCAAAAGAAAGGUGUGGCGGAUGAAGAGCUGGCUAAAUUGGAAGCCUCACGCGCCCGCGAGCGCGAGCGAGAACAGAGAGACGAUGGGCUGUUUGAGCCAAACGUAAAACCUCAUGGAUCAGUGUCUUCUCGUUCAGUUUCUACCAUCUCCACUGGCGCUUCGCGAUCACCAUCACUUGGUAAAGACAGGGCCAGAUCCCCUGCCCAGUCGCCACGCAGUCGAAGCCCCUAUUCAGACGACUCACAGCCCGAAGCCCUCGUGUGGAAGCUCGACACAGGCGUUCCGAUUCUGGUCGCAGCCCUUCUCCUGGAGAUUUUGACCAUCGCAACCAGUACAGGUCCCGGGACCCUUUACCUUCUGUCAAGGGGAGCGCGCCACCAAGGCAUCCUAGGGAAUAUCUACCCAAGUCUCGGAGUCCGCAUAGCUUUCGUCAUCGACGUUCUGGGAGCCCAAGGUCGCCCCAGCCGAGAGGCAGACGUGAUCAGAGGCCAGAUCGAUCCAGGACUAGGCAUGACCGUGAGAGACUGCCACCUCGUGGAAGGUUUGAUGACAGAAGACAAGGACACGGAGGCCCAGAUCCUGGGGAUCACGCACGAGAACGAAGCUUGA